UUAUUUAGUUGCUGUUAUUUAUUAUUCCACUAUUUGUAUAUAAAAAAUAUAUACGUUUUGACCGCGCCGACUAAUUCGUUCCUAAAAAUAAGUUAAAAAUGUUGCCCGGUGUUGGAAUUUUUGGUACUGGUGCUAUUACAAAGGUUCUAGUACCACUGUUACGUGAAAAAGGUUUUGAUAUAAAGGCGAUAUGGGGACCUUUAAAAGAAGCCGAGGCGGUAGCCCAAUCGCAAAAGAUUUCGUUUUUUACCAACAAAAUCGAUGAUGUACUCCUACGUAAAGAUGUAGACUUGGUAUUUAUUGUGUGUCAACCUUUUCAGCAUGCAGAGAUAUCAAAGAAAGCGUUAGGUAUUGGAAAGCAUGUGGUCUGUGAUCGGCCAAUGGGACUACAUCAAGCGGAUGCUUUGAAAAUGGUACAUGCAUCACAGUACUAUCCUCGGCUGAUAACACUGGUUAAUUAUUCACUACGGUUUCUGCCUGCAUUUACACAUAUGAAACGAUGUCUGCAAGAAGGACUUAUAGGGCCUAUAAACCAAAUUUCUUUGGUGGAUAUACGCGUACAAUUGGGCACAUUAUUUCCGGAGAAAUUUGAUUGGAUGUGUGAUGCGGCAAUGGGUGGCGGAGCUUUGAAUUUGGUAGGCAGCCAUGUUAUUGAUCUGGUAAGCUAUCUACUGCCACAACAUGCAGUGCGGGUACAUGGAGUCGUGCGUUCAUACACGAAAACAACAGCGGCUGUUAAUGGUAUACGACAAAUUUCAGCACCAGAUUUUUGUACAUUCCAAAUGGAAUUGGCUGGAGGGGGUGCACUGGUUACUGCCUCGUUGCAUAGUCAUACGGUACCCGCAAAGUCAUUCUCUCAGGAGGUGUUGAUUUGUGGCAGUAAAGGUCAUUUAGUUGUGCGCGGUGGGGACUUAUUUGUAUUUAAACAUAAAGCUGAUCCACCACAAAUGAAAGAAGAAGCAAUUUAUGUAGAUGUGCAAGAUUUGCACUUUGCCACCUCAGAAUCCUUGUUGCCACGUCCCUAUAUAAAGGGUUUAUGCAAAAUGGUUGGAGCACUGAAGGAAGCUUUUGCUAACAAAGAUGCAUCUUGGGUGAAGGAACCUGUACAAGCCGCAGCUACGUUUGAAGAUGGACUAUAUGUACAAGCAGUACUGGAUGCCAUUCGGAAAUCAAGCGAAACAAAAUCGUGGCAACGCGUUAGAAUUACUCCAGAGACACCUUCGAACCAUGAACAGAUUAUGACCUUUGCCCGUAUGUCAACAAUGUAAAAGUUUAUCCAAAUGUAUAGGAUUACGAGUAAUCUCAAUUUAUGUUUGUCCGGUAAUAUUAAUUAAUUUUAUGUUUUAUUUACUUGACUGGAGAAUGGCAAAUUAUUAAUAUUUAUAUGAACAUAUUAUACAUAUAACUAGAUAUCGAAUGCCUUUUGAGCCUUUACUCAUAAGCUCAACCUAUAAUUAUUGUACUUUCCUAACAUUCAAAAGUAUUCAAUUAUAUAUUUGUAUUUUUCGUAUUUUAAUUUAUUUAUACAACUA